AUGAAGCUGCCAAUGGUGCUCGUAGCGUUUGGCCAGGUCCUCCUCUUGGGCUUCAUCGUCUCUUGCGCUGAGGCUUUGGGCGAGGCAUUUCAGAACGAAGGCAAACUGCAGCCAAGUCGCUCUCUCUCCAGCACCGUGCCUAGUGAAGGACCUCCAGACUAUGGCCUACCGACCUAUGAUUAUGGAUAUCCGCCUCCCUACCAGUACGAGACAUCAUCGUCUGUCACUUCGGUGCCCCCUAACUCGGUCUCUUCUACCCUCUCAACUGCGGUGGAUUCGGUGGUUACCACUAGUACGGUUGUGGUGACAGUGACUGGUCAAUCCUCCUCGACGAGUGACAAGUAUAUCACCUCGACUGAAACUCAGACUUUAACUCAUUCGGAUACCACUGAGCAAACCGCAGGUUCGACAUCGACAAAACCAGAUCCUUGGGUCAGCAGCUCAGUGUUGGGCGUGACCGGGACAUCGACCUCCUCCACUUCCACAGAGCAGGAGGAGUCGUCCUCCCCUAGAACAACUACAACCUACUCCGAGUCUGCGACAAACACUGGCUUAUCCUCGAGUCAAGCGUCCUCGUCCACAACUACAUGGAAAUCUGAUAAUACAGACACUAUCACUCCGAGUCUUAGUACUGAUGUCACGUCAACCCGGCUCGCAACUGCGACAAUUACCAAAGAGGUGACGGUGACCAGCUCAACGCAUUCAUCCGUAGAAUCAUUUGAGAGUUCAGAGCUGCCCAUUACUGCGAGUUUAAGCUCAACGAAAAGCAAAUCUCCAACAUCGAAUGCCCCAAGCUCAUUCACCACGAUCACUCACACGGUUAAGACUCUUAAGAGUACCGGUGCAAGCGACUCUGUCACCUUUUCGCAUUCGUCCUCGGAAUGGUCCUCUUCAACAUGGAGCUCUGUACUAGGUGGUACACAGUUCCCUUCAGUGUCAACAGUCAUAAAUACUGUUACGGUCUCUUCCGGAAUUCUCGUGACAAUCAUUACUGAAUCCCUCUCUUCUGUCGGAACAAGCACUGUAGGAAGUGAUACACGCAGCUACAGCGUUAGUUCCAGUCAUGUUGGCUCUUCCACGAUCUCAAGUACAGGAAUCGACGGAACUCCAAGAACCAACACGUACUUUUCUUCAACUUGGGCGAACAACACAAUGGGCAGUUCUACAAUUGUGUCAUCCCCUGCUUCCUCGCAAGAGUCCUCACUUCCGAGUUCCAUUUCAACUAGGCUGGGUACCAUAUCAACGGGCACCACUGUCAGGACCGUAACUGUGUCUCCUUCGGUCACUCUAACUCACCAGACCCAGACCAUUACAUUAACUUCUGGUGUAUCAGGAGGUUCUAGCACUUGGACAAUUUCAACGCCACCAUUUACAAUGCCAUCUAAUUCAACCGCUUCAGUAUGGUCCAGUUCGUCGGCCCGGGGGACCGUUAUCCUUCCUAGCAAGUCACAGCAAAGUAUCAAGACUUCAGCCCAACCGUCGCCUUUGACCAGCAUCGCCAUAACUCUUGGAUCAUCGCUGCCCCCGUUUCCAAAUAUUACGGCUUCUUCCACCAAUAUUAGCAAUCACAGCCCUUGGACAUCAAAGAUGAGCGAGACCAGGACCGUCACGAGCAUUGUUUGGACUAGCCUUCCCCCCCAUUCUAGUGAGCAUAACUCCACAAAUAAUAAUUUGAGUCCUACCGCUAGUUCUGGAUUUACUACGACAAGGACUCGCUUCACCUACCACCCGACAUCGGUUGUGAUGUCUACGUGGCUAAGCUCCGGAGUCACUACCAAGACACUGCCGCCUUUUCCCAUUCCAUCAAACACUACUGAUCAUCAACAAACCAAAACAAACACGACAGUAUCCUCUACGCUAUAUUCUGUCUCGUCUGGAUAUGCAUCAUCUUCUGAGUCUCACAGAUUUAGCUCCACAGCCACUAGAAACGCAACUUAUAUCACGACAUUGACUGAGAGGCUGUCGUCAACUAUAAGGCUGUCGCCGAAUUCGACCACUGCUCUUAGCCAGAAGCCACAAUCCAGUGGUGUUUUGGUUACCACAAUGACUGGGCCCGGCAGUAACAGCACAUCUGGCUUCACAGCCACCUCAGGUACACCCUCCUUGUCGACAACUUCCUUGGAAACCUCACGACGCUCCAGUUACGCAAGCAGUCCCCGCUGGACCAAUUCAAGUAUUGGCUUCCCAACACCGAAAAGCUCUGACAGUGCUGGUGGGACCACGUUCACAAGAACAAUCAUUACCACCUGGUCAACGUCACCGUCAGCGAGUGAAACACAUGACGUUAACUCAUCAACAGGUGCGCUAAGCAGCGACACGUUUGCCUCCAGUCGGACCUGGACAAUAUCGCCAAGCGAGAUCACACUCUGGCCGACGAACAUAACCUCCUCAACUGGGACAGAAUCUCGAGGGCCGGAGAUCACCUCAACGGCCAGGAGCACGAUUCAGCCUUCCAACGGUACUAAAACCGGAAUCGAGACCACGGCAACAUACCCAGGUCACACCACUGUUGAAGUCACGACGAUAACAUUGGCACCGAUUUGUACUGACACAUCAGUUAAUGGUUCAUCCAGCACAGGCAGCAGGAGCAUAUCAACGGCAUGCUCUACUUUUCUUAACGGCACAGUGACAAUGACGCGAUGUCUCGCUCUGCCGCCUUCCAAUGAUCCAGGUGCAAAGUCUCUGUCCAAUAUAUUAUCAAGUAGGAAUACAUUUCCAGAUUUCAGACUCAGCUUCACGGCUAACCGAUACCUAGAUCCUUUCCCGGCACCAACCACCUUUUCAACCUCUGUGAGGAACAGCGGCGGCUCCUCGGGAGAUAGUUUCUCGAGCCUUCGUGGACCUACGAACAAAGUAGGCUUACAGCCAGAAACUAGCUUGCCCAAUAACCCUAAUUACCCUUGGGGAGGCGAUUCGCCAGUUCAUCGGCAUCAGAGCGUUGGUCAGCUUGGUGCAGGUGUCGCAGAGGGCGGACUACUACGACGAUGGGCAAGCGACGCCAUUCGAAAAGUCAGGACACUUUUGUCGUAA